GUCUGGAAUGUCUGGAUUUGUGUGGCCCGCUCUUGUUGCGCCCUCCUUCUAUCUCUGCCCCGGCCACUCCCCCAACUAUUCCCCUUUGCGCUGGCGGCGCACACAUCUGGCCUGGGCAUGCGCUUCGACAGACGUUUGGCUGCUUUCAAUGCGCGCCAUUCAUUCAGUUUUUCUUCAGACUCCGUUCAACGCGUGCACAACGCCUGCGCAAAAGGGAGCCGCAGAAAAAAUAAUAAUAUUGCAAAAUUGAAAAGUGCACAAAAAGAAAAAAAAAAACGCCAACAGCAGCUGCAGUUUAAGCUUCAAUUCCAACAACAACAUAAAGUUUGACUAUUUUCUUUCGUUCGCUUUUGACUCGGAGUGUGAGUGUGUGUGUGUGUGUGUGUGAGUAUGCGUGUGUGUGUGUGGGGUGAACGAAUAACAUAAAGCAGACAACGGCGAGUGGAAAGCAUAUAAAAUAAACAAUACCAUUUCGAGCUGGUCAGCUGAAAGGAAGUCGCCCCAUUGGUGGUGGUGCUAUUUGUGGUGGAUGUGGGUGUGUGUACGCAUAGCCAAAUGCUAGAGACAAUUAUGUAUGCGGCCGAAGCGGACGCGUUCUGACAACGUUUCCAACUAAAAAACAGAAAAAACAAGAAUUUAUUCACAAGCUGCGCAAAAAAUAUAAAGUAAAAUGUGCUACGUUAUCAUCACAAGUGUGAGUCUAGUCUGGUUUCUGUGCACCCUGGUCGCUGAUAUGUUCGUGGCCGUCGCACUGGUCACACCCAAAUGGCUAAUUGGACCCCCAAUUGGCGGCGCCAAUUGGAGCCAGGCCACGCCCAGUUCUAAUCAGCGCUUGGAGUCCGUGGGCAUUUAUACGCGCUGCAAGCAAAUGCAACAGCUGGGCUAUCAUUGUGGACGCUUCGACUUGGACGGCUUUGCUACCGAUGGCAGCGUGUAUCCAUUGGAAUGGAAAUUGGCCAUGUUUUGCAUGUCAGUGGGGCUGGUACUGCUCUCUUUGACGGUGCUCGCCACGCUGAUCACCUGCUGCAGGCAGUCGGCAUUUGGCAAGAGCAUACACAAUAUGACGGCCUGUGCACAGGUGCUGGCAGGCAUAGCUGUAAUGUUGGCUUUGUUUUUGCAUCCUUUGGGAUGGCGUGCAGCGCGUGUGCAACGUCUUUGCGGCCAGGAGGCGGAACCGUUCUAUCCAGCGGACUGCAGCAUAGGCAUCUCCUUCUACUGCGCUCUGGUGGGCAUCUUGUUAACAUUCGCAGCCGCCGGCAUCAGCCUGAAAGCGGAAUCUUCCAAUUUACGAAAUCGCGUGCGCCGGCGCAUCGAAUCCGGCAGCAAACUUGUUUGCAUUCCAUAGCAACUCUCU